UGGUUGACGGGGAUCCUUCAGCAACCCUUCAUCACGUAGUUCGCGGCAAUCUCUUGGUAUAUCGUUGUACGAUGACUACCAAAAGCCGUCCAACAAGCGAGGUCUUUGGAUCGGGCAGUCCAAAUGGGAGUAUUCGUCGGGAAGGUCCAGGAGACAGCGCAACAUCAAAGCAGCGAGCGACAAAAAGGGCUUUGAAGACUUUUAACUACUCCAACACGGCCCUGGCAAACACACCAACCCUUCUUUUGGAGUCUCUGAACGACACGUUCACUGCCAAAUCUCUCGACUUGUUUGAACCCAUCAAGAUUGGACGUAAAGUGAAUCCCAAGAAUGGACCAGAAUCAACGAACGGCGUGUUUGAUUCAAAAGUCCUCAGCAGGAAUCACGCCGAAAUAUGGUUUUCGGACAAUAAGGUGUGGAUCAAAGAUGUGAAGUCCAGCAAUGGGACCUUUGUUGACGGAAAACGGUUGAGUGAAGAGGGCGUGGAAAGCGAACCUUUUGAGCUACACUCGGGUACCAAAUUGGAGUUUGGUAUUGACAUCAAUAAUGAGGAUGGGACUGUGAUGUACAAGAAGGUUUCAUGCAGGGUAACCAUUCAACCGCCACCGCAAUUGGGGACGCCGUCAACGCCCGCAGUGGAAACUGAGCCUGCUAAAAUGACUGCCCCUAACGCUGCAAAGAAGCCAAAAGAGAAGGAGAACAUUAAUGUAAUCCUUGAGCGAGAGUUGAAGCAAGCCGACGAAGUGCAUGCCGAGCUGGAGCAAUUAAGGGAAAAGUUGGAUGUUUUGGAGGCUCGCAAGUCGUCACCAUUACCCUCACAAGCAGAACCGGUACCAUCUACGGAUCACUCUGCAGAGGUCUCAGCGGCCAUCGCUGCCGCAACAGCAGAUAUGCUACGCCAGUUGGAAGAAGCUAGAGCGGAAGUGAAAACUUGGAUGGAUAAAUACAAUAACAAUCUUCCUGGCUUGCAAGAACGUGAUGCAUUGCAAGAGAAAGCGAUGCACUUGGCUGCUGAGGUUGAGCGACUCACCAAGGAAAGCCAGGUGAUUCAGACAUUACGAGAGGAUGCGGAGCAGUGGAAGGAAAGAGCUACGAAAGCGGAGGCGGAAAUUGUAGCGCUGAAAGAGAGGGCCGCUGACGACUCAAAGACCUCGAAGCAGACGCAAUCUUCCUCUCAACAGCUAAAAGCUCAGCUGGAAGCCGCUGAAAUUCAGAUCACCCAAUUGAAGCAAGAGAAGAGUGAACUGACUGCCAACACAGAACGCAUCUCCACCGAACUACAAACCCUAAAGAAAGAUCUAACGACAACACAAAACAGUGCUGACGCGCAACGGAAGGAAUACAAUGAAUUGGCAAAGGCCGUUGAUGAACUCCGUGAAGCGAAUCGUCUAUUGAGAGAAGCGCAGGGGUCGCCGGCUACUUCUCCCGGUACGUCACCGACUUCUUCACCCAGUAAAGAUCACAUUGGCGACCAUCACCACGGGCGCAAAUCAGGAAGUAUUCGAAGGAGAGGCAAACAGGCAGCAGCAGCGGCCGCGGCCGCGGCCAUCGCGGAUGAGGCAGAGAAAAAGGAGAUUGCCCGCAAUAGUUCACCAAAGAAGGAGCGUAGAUCACGUUAUCAGAUGAUGGCGAUUAUCGCGUUCAGUCUGCUGUCCGUAGGGGGUCUCGCGUAUUUGAAUGGUUUCUUUGCACCAAACUCACCGUUCCUUGCGGCCCUACGUGGGAUGUGGUGAUAGAAAAAAUGUACCAACGUUCUUUUGUAUAUAUUAAUAAUGGCCAUGUGGCUCGAAGCUCGAAGCUUUGAAAAAAUAUACUCGUUGCAUUUGAUAGCAAAUGCAGCGUCUGUCCACA